AUGACAGCGCCAUCCGCAGCAGCUGCAGCAGGUACCUUGGCAGCAGCAACAGCAUUACGGCCGACCUUGGCAUCACCAUCCGUAGCAGAAGAAGCACCAACAGCAGCAACAGCAGCAACGUUGUCAGCAGCAACAUCAGCACGCACAGCAGCACCACCACUACCACCCUUAACAGCAGCACCAAAUACGUCGUUAAUAUCACCUGCCCCUGCAGUCGGAGCAGCAGCAGCAGCAGCAGCAGCUGAACCAGUAGCAGCAGGAGCAACAACAGGCGGUGUGCGUCUUGGUAUAUUGCUACUUGCUGGUGGCUUGGGACGUCGCUGUGGGGGCCCACAACCAAAACAGUUUAGGCCUUUGCUGCAAGGGGCAGAUGCUGCUUCUAUAUCAGCAGCAAAACUGUUGUCGUUCCUCAGCAGCAGCAGCAGCAGCAACAGCAGCAACAGCAGCAACAGCAGCAGCAACAACCACAGCAGCAACAAAAUUGGAACCCCAAGAGACCCACACGUCGUUGUUCUUCUCGUGCCGCAAAAGUAUAGGCAAAGAUUCCAGCCACUGUUUAAACGAUUCCAGCAACAGCAACAGCAGCAGCAGCAGCAGCAGCAGCAGCAGCAGCAGCAGCAGCAGACGUGUGAAUUCAUAUUCGCUCAGCCAGGAGAGGAGCGCUUUGAGUCAGUGUGGCUCGGCCUCGAAGCCUUGUGCAUGCACCUACUGCAGCACCAGCAACAACAGCAGCAGCAGAAACAGUGCCAGCAGCAACUGCAGCAACUGCAGCAAAUCGGUGACGGAGCAAACACACCUGCUGCCCGCAGACAGCGGGCGCUUUUCCUUUUGCAUGCGCUCACACAGCAGCAACAGCAGCAGCAACAGCAAGAGCAGCAGCAACAGCAGGAGCAGCAACAACAGCAACUGCAGCAGCAGCAGCAAAGCAACGUGUAUGUGCUGGUGCAUGACGCUGCUCGCCCGUGCAUGUCCAUAACAGGAGCAGCUGCUGCUGUUGCUGCUGCUGCUGCAUGCGGUGCUGCUGUUCUUUGUGGUGCAGCAGCAGACACCAUUAAGCUAGGGAACCCCCAAUCUGGGGUGUAUGUACACCUGCAAAGAAAUGAGACUCUUGUGGCACAAACUCCACAGGUCGUGAGGCUAGACUUGCUGCUGCAAGCGUACGCAGAGUUCUUCGCACUGCAGCAGGAGCAGCAACAGCUGCACCAGCAGCUGCAACAGCUGCAGGAACAACUGCAGCAGCAGCAGCAGCAGCCAUUACUCAAGCAGCAGCAACACCACAACCAGUUGCUGCUGCAGCAGCGAAUUCAAAGCAUAGAAUACACACUUCAGGGCAUAACAGACGACGUGUCCUUGUUGCAACUGCUGCCAGCAGCAGCAGCACCAACAGCACCAGCACCAGCGCCAUCAGCAACUGCAGCAACUGCAACAAUCGCAGGACAUCGGACAAGCCCUCCAGCGGCAGCAGCAGCAGCAGCGCCUAAUCGUGUAAGGACGGCUGUGGUGUUGCAGACGACGGGAUAUAACUUGAAGAUAACAAGGCCUCAUGACAUUGCUGCUGCUGCUGCUUUGCUGCAGCAAGAAGCAAAAACCCCUCAAGCUGCUGCUUGGCUAGGAUUGCUGGGGUUGAAUAGCGACGAAAGCAGCACCAGCAGCAGCAACAGCAACAGGAACAACAGCAGCAGCAACAACAUUAACAGCGGAAGCGACAGUAGUUGA